CACCGUCUUCCCCAGAUAAUCAACAUCUGAGCAACAAGCUCCUUGAGCAAUUUCAGAUGGCCAUGGAGACCUACAAGGUGUGGGCAGGAGGCAACGAGUGGGUAGGGAGAGCGGGGUUAAUCGAUGUCGAGGAUCCAGCAACGGGAGAGAUAUUCGCAAAAUGCUGGACUGCCUCCGCGGAAGAUGUCGACCAAGUCGUGGAACUCGCCAACGCUGCAUUCAAGUCAGGCGUUUGGUCAAAAGCACCACGACAUAUUCGAGCUGAUGUAUUGGAAAAGAUUGCCGAGCUUUUGACCAAGAAUUUGCCAAGACUCAUCGAGCUCGAGGUCCGCCAGACAGGAAGAGCGAUCCGGGAAAUGAACGCGCAGGUCCCGUCUCUCGUCAAAUGGUUCAAGUAUUACGCAGCAAUUAUCAGGACCGAGGAACGCUCCGUUCUUCCGACGAUGGGGUCGCUCCAUAACUGGAUCGAUCGAAAACCGCUCGGCGUUGUGGCCCAGAUCACUCCCUUCAACCAUCCGCUUCUCAUUGCGGUCAAAAAGAUCGCUCCUGCUCUAGCGGCGGGCAACUCAAUCGUCUUGAAGCCUUCGGAACUUACUCCUCUGACAUCCAUUGAGCUAGGGAAGCUCAUGAAGGAAGCCGGAUUACCCGAUGGUGUCUUCAACGUCCUGCCUGGCGGCGGCCCAACCACAGGAAAAGCUCUCGUCGCGCAUCCGCUCAUCAAGAAAGUUGAUGUGACUGGAGGCACUCCUGCGGGCCGCGCGAUUGGCGCAAUCGCAGGCCAAAACCUGGCUAAAUUUACAGCCGAGCUUGGAGGCAAAGCACCAUUGAUAGUCUUUGCAAGCGCCGAUAUCGAUCUCGCGGUGAACGGAAUCGCGUUUGGCUCCUUCAUCGCAUCCGGCCAAACAUGUGUUGCGGCGACACGCAUCAUUGUUCACAACAGCAUCCUCCCUGAGGUCGUCGAAAAGCUAAAAGCGAAGGCUGAGUCGAUCACUCGUAGGAUGGGAUCUCCGAAGAAUGUAGAGUCGAUGAUGGGACCGUUGAUCUCCGCGAGGCAGCUUGGGAACGUGAUGACACUCGUUGACGAUGCUAUCAAUUCUGGUAUUCGUGUCGCCACAGGCGGCCGACGAUUGACGGCCAAAUCCGAUCUGGAUGGGACCGAUUUUUCGAAAGGCUACUACUACCCGCCCACGGUUCUCUACGAGACGGCUCGAAAGGUCAGUGAAAUGCGGAUCUGGAGGGAAGAGGCAUUUGGCCCAGUUAUCGUGGUCGUCGGCUUUGAGUUCGAGGAUGAGGCAAUUGCACUAGCGAAUGAUUGCGAAUUUGGUCUUGGUGCCGCUAUCUGGACCCAAGACUUGUCCGAGGCAUUCAGAGCGUCAGAGGAGAUUGAGUCAGGUAUUUGCUGGGUUAAUACACAUCACCGCAACGACCCAAGCAGUCCAUGGGGUGGUAUCAAGAGCUCUGGUGUUGGUAGCGAGAAUGGAAUAGACGCUUAUCACGCGUACACGACGACGAAAAGCACCAUCAUAAAUUAUGCGACAACACGGCAGGGCCUCCAAAACGACGACUGGUUUAGGGAAGGGGCAGGUGAAGUUAGAUACGGCUAAUGAUAUAAGAUGGAAUAGAAGUCAAGGAAUUUCUGACGCUAAAACACUAAGAAAGCUCCAGUUCUACGACUCAUGCAUCUCCUUGGCGGUAUGUAGACCAUCUCCUUAUAGUUCCACCCGGACCAAGCUCCGCUAUCUUUCUGAACUUCCCCGAGAUACAUUCCCUCACUCUCUCCACGCCCGUCUCAUAAUCCGCCGCGUACCACCACCCCUGUCUAUCAAUGAAAUCAGCCCCCGACGAGAUCAUGAGAGGAGUGUCUGUUUUUGCUUCAAAAUAUUUGAACGACUCCAAAUUAACCAGCUGCGCCAAUUCGCUAGAUAUACGAGCGCGGUCAAGCAGAAAUCGUGCCGUGUCUCUAUGUUCACUGUCCGGGGUUCUUUCGCCCCAUUUGCAAGAUUCGCAGCAGUUGCUUGUCUCUGAGAGGGGUCGAAUAUGCAGCCGCUUCAUCGAGUUUGAAUCAAAUGCGAAAAAGUUGCAGGAGUUCCCGGUAU